GGGCGGGGCCGGAACGCUGCCAGCCGGGGGGCGGAAGCGGCGCGAGAUUUCAAAACGACGUUUCCAAAGUAACUUGCCAAGCAAAUGAAAACUAUACAGGCAGCUGAAUAUUUAUGAAGAACCAUCUGUUUAUGCAUCUGUGAAAUAGGCUCCUUCCAGAAAUCCCAGGUUUGAAAUUGCUAUAUUGUUGGGAUGCUACCACCCAAGAAGCAGCUGCAACAACAGCGUUUCUGUAGAACAGCUGAGGCAAAAAUGAGGCCCCGAUCAGUGGCAGCAAACUGGAACGUGUUAGCAGAGAGGACCCAGCGUGUGGCACCAGUUGGGGCUUGGGUGGAGAUUCCCCAAGACUAUGUGGAGCAAGAAGAGAGCCCAGCAUUUGCUAUAGCAGCUCAAAUUGAAGAAGAAUAUAAAGAACAACAGAAAGAAAAAGAGCUAGUUCUGAAACGUUUUCAAGAGGAAGUGAAACACAGAGUGAACCAACAUGUUAAGCUGAGGAGAAAACAACAGUUGCAGAAGUCCUAUGAAGCAGUAAGGAAAACAGUGCAGCAGGUUCGUCGAAGGCUGGCUUCCCGGAAAGCUGUAUCAGAAGGAGAUGCUCUUCCAGGAGGCGUUUGGGAGAGCCAUCCAAGGACACAGAAGUCAGAAUCUUGCAAGACAUCUCCAGUCAAUGCACAAGAGGGUGACAGUGGGGAGUUUCCUCUUGUGGGAUUCCAUGACCUUCCAGCAGAACUGCGAGAGCAGGAGCGAGGACAGCAGGAAAGGCGCUUGGACUAUACCGUAGAGUUUCAAAAAGUUAAUGGUGAGAUAUUGAAAGGUAACUAUCCAGGGGGCUCUUCAGUAAUUGGCACUGAAACUCGAGCUGCUCGCAUAUUUUGGCCCGGAAGAGAGAUAGAAGAUUCAAAGAAGCAGCGUCAAAGCCAGUACUUGAGAUACCGACGGCUUUUCAUGGACAUCGAAAGAGAACAAGUAAAGGAGCAACAAAGGCAGAAGACAUGGCAGAGGAAAAUGGACAAAAUUAAGAAAGAAAAGGAGCGUCGGCGCUAUGCAGAGGAACAGAGGAUACAGGAGAGGGCAUCCCAUGGCAAUGCUAUCUCCAGGGAAAAGUGGUGUGAAAACUUAGAAGAACUUAAACUGGAGGACACACAACAGAAACAAGAAGUAGCAGAAAGACAACGGAAACAAGAGGUAGCAGAAAGACAACAGAAGAAAGAGGCAGAGGAAAGACAACAGAGAAAUAAAGAAUACUCAAGAUAUGUGGAAGCUUUACGAGCCCUGAUGCGGGAGAAGAUCAAAACGUACAAUAUCAAUUUGCCUCCAUUGUGCUUCUGUGGUUCAGAUUUCUGGGAUGCUCAUCCUGAUAGCUGUGCCAACAACUGUGUAUUCUAUAAAAACCACAAAGCAUAUGCUCAGGCUCUGCAAUCUGUCAUCUCAUCUUGCAAUGUUAUUGAUGGGGGUUCAAACACAAGACUUGCUGUCCAUACAUUUGCGUCUGUACAUGCUCGUUCUAAGCAUUCCUGAAAGAGAACUUUGGAACUGAUGCUUCCCUCCCAUCCCUGGCUGUUCAGGCAAGGUCUUUGCAAGUAGGUGAUAGUGUAUACACGUAGGCAUCCAUAUCUAAUCUCCUCUGGAUUGUGCCGCAAGUCCUACUAAAAAUGUUGGAAAGAGGGAACCUUCCCACAAGGUACUUCCUUUCCCUUCUCAUACUAAUAACCUAGGUUUUGUCUCCUGUAAGAUACUAUGUUGAAAACUCUACAUCUUCCUGUGGCAUCUGUUUGAAAGAGGGUUUAGAGCUAUUUUGAGCACAGCCAAACCUGUAUAUCUCAGCAUGCAAGCUCCGCUGAAUUUGGCUUGUUGCACUUGACAGUUUGGGCUUUGGAUAUGAUGGCUAUAUGAGGGGGAAACGAUCCAUUUUCUGUGAGACAACAAGCCUCAUUGUUUGGGGAGGUGAAUAGUUAUUCUGAGAAUCUCUGUAUAUGGAUCUCAAACCCAGGCCUUCAUUCCUCCUCCAAACUCUGAAAGUACCGAUUUUAUAAGUGCAGAAAAGCUCUAAGAGACUGAGAUCACUGCAGAAGGACAGAGUUAUUGCUCGUAAUGAAGACGUGUGGCAAUAGCAAGAUCUGAUGAAGAAAUCAUUCGCACUUAAAGAAAUUAAGUGAAAUAUGUAACUCGACAUAUUCCAAUAUAAAACUAUUAAGUGCUCAAAGAGGCUGCCAUUAAGGAUUUUGCUCUGUUUGAUGAUAGCUGGACGAUUGAGGAGCCCCUUGUUCGUGAUUUGGAAGUGGUAAGAGGACAGACUAGAAUCUUGAAAUGUUACAAAAUCCUUUCACCAUAUUACAAGUUGAAUCCAUAUUUUGGGGAAGAAAUACUUCUGAACAUCUGUUCUUCAAUCUCUUCUACUAAAGAGAGGGAGUCUAUAGCUCAAUCUUCAGUUCUUAUUGACAGCAAAGGAAAUUGUCAUGAGACUUCAUGUUCUUUGGAUUACCAACCUUCCCAGCUGCAAAUGUAAAUAUUUGUAAAGAGAA